CAUUUGAUUGCAGUGAAGAGAGAUUACCAGGGGCUGAGGACAGCUCACAUCAGCAAAUGUUUGGGGAAAAUGUCGGUGCUUAAUCAGUCUGAAGGAGAGGAUCUAACACUGGGAUUCAUUCCGAUUUCAACAACCUGCCUUGCAUUUAACUCUGACUCCAUAUAGUGAGCUGUUCCUACACACCAUGGACAAAAACAUAACAGGAGGACAACUGAGCAAAGAGCACUGAGUAUUUAUGAAUAUACUGAUGGACUACACAAGAUGGAUUGUUCGCUGAAAUGGCAAGAAUGGUGACGGUAAGAUUUUACUAAGAUACUGACAGAGACAACUACAAGAACUCACGAUUACAUGAUGAAUGUCACAGAACACCAUCGUUUCAUCUCUGUUAGCUAUAACAGCAACCUCAGUACUGCAGAAACUCUGAGACACGUCAACAAAGUCUCAGGUCUCAAUGACUCUUCAACGGGAUGUUACGAGCAGCUCCUCAUCUCCACUGAGGUUUUCCUCACGCUGGGUAUUGUCAGUUUAUUAGAGAACAUCCUUGUGAUAGCUGCGAUAAUCAAGAACAAAAAUCUCCACUCUCCCAUGUACUUCUUCAUUUGUUCUCUGGCUGUGGCUGACAUGCUGGUUAGCGUUUCCAACGCCUCAGAAACCAUUGUCAUCGCCCUGAUUAAUGGUGGCAACCUUAGCAUCUCUGGGUUGCAUAUAAAGAGCAUGGACAAUGUGUUUGAUUCCAUGAUCUGCAGCUCACUGCUAGCGUCCAUUUGUAGUCUUCUGGCGAUCGCCAUAGACCGUUACAUCACCAUAUUCUAUGCGCUGCGCUACCAUAACAUUGUGACGGUCAAAAGAGCGCUGGCGGUGAUUGCAUGCAUCUGGCUGUGUUGCGUGGCGUCCGGCGUGCUCUUCAUCAUCUACUCGGAGAGCACAACCGUCCUCAUCUGCCUCAUUACCAUGUUCUUCACCAUGCUGGCGCUCAUGGCCUCGCUCUACGUCCACAUGUUCCUGCUGGCCCGGCUGCACAUGAGGAGGAUCGCCGUGCUGCCCGGGAACGCGCCCAUCCGCCAGCGAGCCAACAUGAAGGGGGCCAUAACCCUCACCAUCCUGCUGGGCGUGUUCGUGGUGUGCUGGGCGCCCUUCUUCCUCCACCUCAUCCUGAUGAUCUCCUGUCCCAGGAACCCCUACUGCGCCUGCUUCAUGUCCCACUUCAACAUGUACCUCAUCCUGAUCAUGUGCAACUCGGUCAUCGACCCGCUCAUCUAUGCGUUCCGCAGCCAGGAGAUGAGGAAGACCUUUAAGGAAAUCUUCUGCUGGCACAGCCUGCCAAACCUAUGCGUGUGCGAGUUCCCUGGGAAAUAUUGAACGGCUGAACAGCUGACCAUCUGUCGCAUCACCCACUGCGUUUUGACAAUUGCACUGGGUAGAAUCUUUCUCUGCAUUUCCUCACACGCAAAGAGGCAGCCAGGAUGUUUCGUCUCUAUAGUAUGAAGUGGCAUCUGUCUCUGUGACUCCUCACAUUAAAGGGAGAGGCGAGAUGUUGUGCUCAUAGAGGUAUUUGAUGCCCUCUUUCUAUGCCCUCUUUCUAACCAUCAUGCUCCAGGAAAUGGCUCUAAGUUAUAAAAAAUGUAGUCACUCAAAAUUGUCUUUGGUUACCAUGGUGUGAAUUACUUGUGAGGUAGAAAGGUUUACAAAAACCUUCUAAAAAAGCACAUCUUUCUCUUCAGCACAAUAAGGCAUGUGCUUUCUCUGUCAGGUUGUAUGUGCUGUUUUGAUGAAUAUUAAAUCAUAUUGUGAAAUAAUAUGAUGAUAUGACAAAGAAAUAUGCUUAAAAUAAAUACAUGACCAUAUAUAUUUAAGUCAUGAGAGAUAGCUGCCAUCACACUUUUAUAUACAACAUAUAGCACUUAAGUGGCAUAAUAUACAGUGUUUAGGUAAUUGAAAAUGAAAUUAUUUAAAUUGAUAGUGGUUUGCUACAAACAGAUCUACCUCCUGGAUAAAAAAAACAUUAUGUAGAUGUUGGAAAUUAGCACCUAUAUGCAGUAGGGUUCAUUACAUCUAAAUCCAUCUAAAACUGACAGAGCUUUGUGGAAGAAACAUAGAGCAGCAUGGCAAAAUGAAGCAAAGCAUUUUCCUUGGUCUAUAUUCAAAAAAUAAUAAUAUUGACACAAUAAAAUAAAUUAUCAAAGAUACCAAGCGUUGGCAAAAUGUUGUCUGUAACCAAUCAAAACUAUUAAUACAUGCUGGCAACAUUAAAUUAUGAGAUAAUGGAUAUAAAUGUGUUUUUAAAAAAAGCAUGCCAGAAAACUGUCUCAAAAUAAGCUAUCUUUUAAAUUACUACUGUUGAGAGUGAGUCUUGUCAAGUGAGUGAAAUGUAUAUUAUUUAAAUCUACCUUUGCUGCUUAUAUAAACUAGCUUAUGUUCAGAUGUCAAUUUCAAUAGGCACCAUUACGUGACAUAGAUAUGCCUAUACUUCUUCAUCAUUCAUCCUAAAUAUGCAUUUAAUAAGUGCUUUGAAAAAGAUUUGUAGUGUACAGUGUACAUGUUACUUCUUAUGUAGAAAUGUAAAGUGUAUUUUGCUGUUAUUUACACUCUCAAAAACUGUAAACCACAUAUGGGUUUUUAUGUUUAUAUUGUGUUGAAAAUUGUUGCUUGUGUCCUGGCCUCAAACAUAUUUAAAAUUGCACUUUAUUGUCAGCAAAAGUGUGGCAUAUAACAAGUUAUUGUAAUAAAAGAAUGUAAAGACUCUC